CACUCAACCCGCGUGAGUCCAUCCAGAGCGGCCCCUCUUCGGCCGCCAUCCCUUCCCCGACGGCCCGACGGAGACGCCACGCCCGAUUGCCUUCCGCGCCGCCAUCGCGCUCGCAGAGUCGCGGCCUCUCCUCCUCCGCCGACUCAGGACCGCCGCCCCUCUGGUGGACCGCGAUCCAUCCUGCCCUGGAUCGGCUCUUUCUCCCCUCCCUCCUGGUUUCAGCAUUUGUGAUAUUCUUCUGCUGCUAGCUGUAUCACAAGGAAAAUGGCAAGCAAAGCAGGUGGUGAUGGCAAAGAAGCCAUAAAUGAGCAAGUAAUCGCCAACACUUAUGCCAACAUGCGCACCGAAAUGAACCAACUCUACACCAAGAUCACGGAGCUGGAGAUGGAGGUCAGCGAGCACUCCCUUGUGAUCGGCGCGAUCGAGCCGCUGGACCCCUUGAGGCGCUGCUACAGGAUGAUUGGCGGCGUCCUGGUGGAGAGGACCAUCAAGGAGGUCCUGCCCGCGGUGAAUCGCAACAAGGAGGGCCUCGAGGAGGUGAUCGCUCGCAUGCACGAGGCACUUGAGAGGAAGAAGAAGGAGAUCACCGAGUUCGAGCUCAAGUACAAGAUCAGGAUCCGGAAGGCUGACAACGACGCUGAGGAAGGCGGGAAGAAAGAAGGCACUGCGCAGGGAGUUCUUGUUGGUCCUGCUGGGCAGUAAAGCUGAGUUAGAGAGACCUGCAUGAUUCAAGUUACUAUAUGGUGCCCAGACCGAGUUCGAGCUUAAGUACAAGAUCAGGAUUUAGAAGGCUGAUAAUGACGCCAAGGAAGGCACUGCGCAGGGCUUGUUGUCCUCCUGGGCAGUAAAACUUUGUUUAGAUAGAAUUGCAUCUUACAAGUUUUACGGUGACCAGAAUCCAAAUUGCUCUUUGCUAGAUGUGGAAUGGUGUCUGUGUGUUUGUUUGGGGGUGAUAUGCUUCUUUAGAACUGACGAUUUUGCGAAAAACAACUAGAUUAUGCUAAGAUGAGGAUCUCGUUGGGAGCC